GCACGCAUGGCGAGCUUCGAUCACAGCAGCCUACAAGUGCGCGUCGACCGGGUCGACCGCGUCUAUAGGCCAGGCGACGUGAUCGCGGGCACCAUCGUCGCCCGCGUGCGGAAAGGCUGGCGCCACCAGGGAGUCGGGCUGCGCGCGCUCGGCGCGGUCGAGAUCGCGCACCACCUGCGGCCCUUCAUGAACGAAGCGUCGGUGCUGACACCGCCGGGGCAUUUCUCGGACGGCGAGCACGCGUUAAGGUUCGAGAUCGAGCUGAGGCCCUGCCCCGGCGCCGAGCUCCUCGAAUCCUAUCACGGCAGUGCAAACGUUACGUACACGUUGAUCUGUACCUGUCGCCGCGGGCCGCUGAGACCCGCCCUCGAGGCGCGGUGCGAGAUUUUCGUCGAAGUCCCGUCGGGCCCGCCGCCGCAGCCGGCCCCGACGACGUUUAUGGUCGCGCGCGAAAAAGGACUGCGGGUCGCGGGUAAAGUGGACUCGACGCGGUGCUUGCUCGAUCGCCCCUUCACGGGCGAGCUGCGAAUCGACGAGUGCGCCGAGCGCAUACGAUCCGUGGACAUCGCCCUGAUGCGGCGCGAGACCGUAAGCGGCGUCCUGGGGCGGGCCGCAGAAGUCCGCAGAACCCAGAUUGUGGAUGGCGACGUCACGCGGGGAAUCGAUAUCCCGAUCCACGUCUUUUUUCCACGCCUCUUCGCCUGCCCGAGCCUUGCUAUCGACGGCCUGAGCGUCGCGUUCGAGGUGGAUGUUGUUGUGUCUUUCGGAGAGGGCCUGGUCGCCAGGGAGUCGAUUCCCGUGGUGCUGUAUCGCUGA